CCUCUGGCUGGGGCGGCAACCCCAGAACCUGCUGGACAGGGGAGAGGACAGACGGAGAAGGAUGGAUAGAUUCUGGACGACCCCCGGCCAAUUCUCCCUUCUCGCAGCUCUGGUCCCGCGGCUGGUUCAGGCCCAGCCCUUGGCCCAGAGGAAGCCGUGGCUGGUGGGGCUGGGGGCUGCGCUGGCCUCCCUCUUCCUCAUCUUUGUCCUCACCUUGGUCUACGCCAUCUGGUGCAGCGAGCCCUGGGACAGCAAUAAAGAGAAGGAAGAGGAGACUGUGAGAAAUGAGGAGAAGGAGGGAGAGGGCGACUGGGGGGUGGGACUGGAGGCGAGAGGGGCCUCCGAACCAUGAAGCAGUGGCAAGCUCCUCCUCGUGAAGGUUUCCCACUCACCUCCUCCAGGCAGCCAUCCAGAGAUGCCCCAGCGCCUUCUCCAUGCCGCAUCAGCAAGGACCCGGCCCUGGGGCCAGUGAGAGGACUCCACCUGGGAUUCAGGGGAAAGUGGCCCUUGAGUGCAGAGGACUCAGGACCUGCCCCAAGUCCCUCUUGGAGGGCUCUCUGCGUGUUACCUGGUCGCCCUGUACCCCUUCCCAAGCUCGGUCUCCACCUGAUGAUUCUUCUUGAGCUUGGAGGACACCCCUGGCACAAGGAGCAACCACCUCCCCGAGACCCCCUACUAUCUCAUAUCUCUACCCAGUCUGCAUCGCUGGCAGCUUUUGGCCCUUUUGAUUUCUUCUCCCACCUCCGAUUUCUAUUGCCCUUUGGAUUUCAUCGGAGAAGCCAGGUCCUCCUCUUGCCCACGUGCAAGCUCUUCCGAGAGUUUUCCAGGCCUGCUUCGAGGACUCCAUAGGAGUCACUUGUCUCCCAGCCCCGCUCCUGGCCUCGGCUUGCUACUCCUGAGCGUGAACUUUGAGCUGGCUCAGAGCAAGGCCGUUUCCUGGGAGAUGAGGGCUCCUCCUACCUUGUGCUCAUUUCGGGGCACUGUCCUGGAGGCAGGGACUCCCAGGGCCUGGGGUGAGGGUGCAGGAGUGCGAGUGGGGAGGAACCCCUUCUUCCAGUCCUGCACUCCUUGUGGGGAGGCCCCAUGCAGAAGAAGGAGUUGGAGUCCCCACUUCUUUGCUGUGUAGCCCCGAGGCAAGUAACUUAACCUCUCUGUGCCUAAGUGUCCUGUCCUGGAAAAAGGGAAGAUAACAGAUUCUUCACAAGUCGUCAUGAGGUUUGAAUGAAAUACGGUCUACAGAAAUCCUGAGCGCAGAACCCAGCACCCCAAAAGCGUCUUAAUAAAUGUCGGCUUUUUGUUAUGCUGAAA